GGAGAGUAAAGACUGGGACCAAGUUGUAACUCUUCGUUCUGGGAAGAAUUUUUGUCUACGUAGAAGAAACUGAAUCAUCGAUCUCUGCUUCGAUGGCCUGAAUUGAUUCCAUUCAAAACUGAUCUCACUUUUAUUGUUUGAGAACAUAAAUAAAUUGGCUUUAUGUUCUGUUUGACGAGUAGCCACUGAGCAGUAACAAUGAAUGUCAAUCGAAGCUUGAUGUUAUUUCUUCUGGCAUUUACCGCGUCUUUGAAUUUCCAUGCCGAAUGUUUAUCGGCAGUCAAACACCAAGAAAGAGCUCAGGCAUGGGCUUGGAUUGGAGGAAGUAAAAUUAGGAACCAACACAGCACAGUGGAUGGCCAGGAGUCUUAUCCUGGAGCAAGGGAUGGUGCAACAAGCUGGUUUCACUCAAAUUCAACCGUGUGGAUGUUUGGUGGAAAAGGGUUUGGACUAAAAAAAUCCCAACCCUCACAACUGCCUAUGCUAGAUGAACUGUGGUCAUUUGAUAUCAAAGAAAGAAAAUGGCAGUUUCAUCCUUUUGACAACAAAACUUCCAAGGGUCAGAAACCUUUGCCAUGUUCGGGAUGUGUAUCUUGCAGUUACCAAAACAAGGCUUUGGUGUUUGGAUCUUCAGGUUCUUUCAUUUUUGAUAUGGGAACAAUGACAUGGACAGUCUUGCAGGACAAUAAAUCGUCCCCAGUCCCACGGAGUGAUGCUGCUCACUGGUGUGAUGCUGAGAAAGGGGUGCUAUGGAUUUUUGGUGGCACAGACUCAGGGAAAAAUCUUGAUGAUUUCUGGAGUUUUUCAUUCAAAAAUUCACAAUGGAAAGAACUGAGACCCAAGAGUAAUAAAAGCACAAUUCCUGCUAAGUGCAUCAAAGCAACAACCUGGAUGCACCCAUCUGGCAUUCUGUACAUGUUCGGUGGAUCAUGCCAUGGAGGACUUACAUCGUACUUCUGGAGUUAUUCACCUGGAACAUUGGAAUGGAAAAAGUUUGGUGGAAGUGAGGGUGUCCCAAAGUGUGCUGGAAGGUUUGGGCAGAGGGGUGUUGCAUCUAAGGGAAACUAUCCGGGUUGUAGAAUUGGGGCAGCAUCCUGGAUAGAUCAGUGUGGUAAUCUGUGGAUGUUUGGUGGAUCAGGUUAUGAUAACUUUUCAGUGUCUGCUUUCGCAAUGCCAGGUCUUUUGUCUGACUUUUGGAUGUACAAUGUCUCCAGCCAUCAGUGGAUGUGGAUGGGAGGAUUAAGCAGGGAGGAAGGUAGACCAUUCUUUGGAGAAAAAGGAGUUGCAGAUGCACGUAAUAUCCCAGGGCCAAGAGAAAGUGCUAUGUCUUUCUCCUACAACCAUGAAAUGUGGCUCUUUGGAGGGGCAGGACAUGAUGACAAACAAUUUGAUGGGCUGCUUAAUGACUUGUGGAUGUAUACAACAUUCACAAACAUCAUCCCAACACAAGGUACACAGUUGCCAGGAGAUACCAUUAGUAUCUCCUUUGGAGUUAGAGUUCUGAUUGCCCUCCUUGUCAUGGCGUUGGGACUAGUGGUGUCACUAUCCAUGUGUUACAGCAAGGAAUGUAAGAUUUUCAGAUUCAAGCGACAUCUCCGUCCAGUGGUGAAAUACACACCUGUGAAGGUUGAGACAGUGCAAGUACUGCAGCCAGAGACAGCUGGUCCAAUAAACAUUGACCCAAACAGGAACCUGUGAUCAUUUGUAUCUUUGCCAUCAUGCUUUCAGCUGCACGGAGUACCAUGUGUGUGUUUAGAUGUGUUGAAUAACAGGAUUGAUAUUUUCAAUCAAUAUAAAUAAGGAGUUGACACAAUUUAAAACUAGUUUCAUUAGAAUUUUUUUACGCUGGAAGAUCUCAGUACAUAAUGUAUCUGUACAAGUUAAAAAAGCAAUAUAAGACAAAGGAGUAAAUGGAGAGCUAAUCCUCUAGGUAUGUGCUUUUUCUGUUGAUCUGGAACAAAGAAAAACUUGAAUGAAGCUAGUUAAAAAAUCAUUUUGAUGUGAAAUUAAUUAUAAACUUCAAAAUAGAUGCAAGAAAAAAGCUCAUAAAUGUAUCUGGAUAGAAAGUGAAAGUCAUCAUGUAAUUACAUGUAUUGGUUAAAAAAAAGAAAGGAACAGUUACUGUUAAAUUAACACUGUCAUUGUUGUAACCUUAUAAUAGUUUGGUAAAUUAUCUUCAAGAGUGCAGAACUUUUGGGACAUGGUAUGUAGUUAUAGAGUACAUAAACUGA